AUGGGUUCCGUGUCGAAUCGGCCUCAAUACGAUGCCAUCAUCGUCGGGGCCGGAUUUGGAGGCCUGUACGCGCUGCACGAACUGCGCAAGCGCAACUUCAAGACGCUGGUGAUCGACGAGGCGCCCGACAUCGGCGGCGUGUGGUACUGGAACGUGUACCCCGGAGCACGCGUCGACACCAAGGUGCCGCUGUACGAAUUCUCCAACAGCGAGCUCUGGAAGGACUGGGUGUGGAGCGAGAAGUACCCCGGGACACGGGAGAUCCAGCGGUACUUCGAGCACGUCGAGUCGAAGCUGCACCUGAAGAAAGACGUGCUGUUCAACACGCGGGUGGUCGGGGCCGACUUUGACGACGCCAACAGCCAAUGGAGCGUCAAGACUCUGGACGGGCCGGAGCUGACGACGCGACAUCUGAUCCUGGCGACGGGGUUCGCGUCCAAGGCGUUCGUCCCCAACUUCCCGAACCUGGACAAGUUCGCCGGGCCGCACUUCCACACGUCGCGCUGGCCGCAAGGCGGCGUCGACUACGCCGGCAAGAAGGUCGGCAUCGUGGGCAACGGGUCGAGCGGGCUGCAGGUGAUCCAGGAGCUGGCGCCAUCGGUGGGCCACCUGACGGUGUUCCAGCGCAACCCGACAUACGCGCUGCCGAUGCGGCAGCGACCAUUGACGGUGGCGGAGCAGGACAAGGCGCGAUACACGGCGCUGUACGAGCUGCGGCGCCACACGUUCGCGGGGCUGGACGCCGAGUUCAACGUGCAGCUGGACCCGACGCCCGAGGCGCGCCACGCCUUCUUCAGCAAGGUGUGGGACGACGGCGGGCUGGCCUACUGGCUCAGCAGCUACCAGGCCGUCAUCAUGAACAAAGAAGUCAACCGCGAGGCGUACGAGUUCUGGCGCAGCAAGGUGCUGCCGCGCAUCAAGGACCCGGCCAAACAGGAGCUGCUGGCCCCGGCCAACCCGCCCUACUACUUCGGCACCAAGCGCGCCACGCUCGAGCAGCAGUACUACGAGGUGUACAACCGCGACAACGUCGACCUGGUCGACGCCAAGAACAACCCCAUCGUCGACGUGCGGCCCGACGGCGUCGUCACCAAGGACGGCACCUUCAUCGAGCUCGACGUUUUGGUGCUCGCCACCGGCUUCGACUCCGUCACCGGCGGCAUCCUCAACAUCGACCUGAAGGGCCGCAACGGCCAGUCGCUGCGGGAGAAGUGGAAGAAAGGCACCUGGACCAACUUGGGCCUGAUGACCCACGGCUUCCCCAACCUGUUCUUCCUGUACGGGCCUCAGGGCCCCACCUCCUUCUGCAACGGUCCUACCUGUGCCGAAAUCCAGGGCGACUGGAUCGUCCAGACCCUCGAGUACCUCCGUCUGCAUGACCACAAGGAACUCGACCCCUCCGCCGAGUCCGAGGCUGGCUGGAGGGCCCUGACUAAUGCCAUUGGCAACGCCACUUUGCUGCCCGAGACUGAUUCCGAGUACAUGGGCACCAAUAUCCCGGGGAAGCCUAAGGAGGUGCUGAACUAUUUGGGUGGUUUGAACGACUAUGUCAAGCGCAUCAACACUACUGUUGCUCAAGGAUAUCCUGGGUUUGAUAAGAACUAG